AUUCGGAUGCUCAAUGCAUCCUGUAGGUCUCUCAUCCUGAUUGUGCAUGAUGCGGGGCAUUUUAGGAAACGUCGGGACCCGGGGGAGCAACACCGGUCCGGACUCCUGAUGGGACCCUAGGUCACGAUGGCGGAUGUCCUAUGCAGCCCUAUCACUAUCCCUCCGUCUAUCGUGCGCUAAAACCGCCCUGUUCAUGUGCUUCAACGGAAUCCCAGGGGUUAUUAAGCACGAGAUCCAACAGGUGCCUACAGUACCCAUUUCCUGAGUCGAGACUCCACUAGCAGGCUAGCAAAACAGUACAACGGGGAAUGUUCUCCGCGACGGGGUAUCAAAGUCUAUAAGUAUGAGAGCGGGCAUCGGGAAGCCUGGGUCCAGUUCUCGCCCCUCGAAUAUAUCUCCCUUGCGGUUGUACGUCUGAGUAAUCCGACAAGAUGUCGUCCACCGUCUACAAGUUUCUCAUCGCCGCCCUCCUCCUUUGCCAACUCCACCAUGUCCUUCAACUCGCCACCGCCUCUCCCAUCCACGCCAAGCGGCAAAGCCCCAGCCUCCUCGUAGGCGUCGGCAAAGCCGACGUCACAGGCCCAAUCGGCGAGAUCACCAUGGGCGGGUACGCCGACCUUAGCCAAAAAGCAAACGGCAUCCACUUACGCCUGAAAGCCCGCGCGUUCAUCUUCGCAUCGCAAGCGAACCCCGCCCGGCGCGUGGUGUAUGUGUCCACCGAUGUGGGAUGGCCUUCGUACCGCACGCUGAAGAUGGUUGUGACGAGCUUGCGGGCCAAGCUGUCCGCCGCGGACGCUGCGCUGUAUUCCGUGGAGAAUAUCAUGAUGUCGGCUACCCACACGCAUUCGGGGGUUGGGGGCUACCAGGACAACUUUCUUACCCAGGUUACGAACUUCGGCCUAACCCCCGGCGCCCGUGAGGCAAUCGCAGAAGGCAUCUCACAAGCCAUCGUCGAGGCCCACACAAACUUCUCCCCCGCAACGGUCAACAUCAACAAAGGCCGACUCGAGAACGCGUCCAUCAACCGCUCCCCUACUGCCUACCUCAACAACCCCGCAAGCGAGCGCGCACAGUACACGGACGAUGUGGACCGGGACAUGGUUUUGUUGUCGGUAAAGGAUCCGGCGACGGGCAGGUUGAGGGGGACGGUGAAUUGGUUCGCUGUUCAUCCUGUUAGCAUGAAUGCCUCGAAUCAUCUUGUUUCGGGGGAUAACAAGGGCUAUGCGUCGUACCUUUGGGAAUUGCAGCAGAAGGCUGCUGGAAACCCUACUUUUGUGGGUGCCUUUGCACAGACGAAUGCGGGUGAUGUCAGCGCCAAUACCGAAGGAGCUCACUGCAUCGACACUGGCGCCCCAUGCGACGGCGGGAAAGACUCCUGCGGCGGAGACAUCACCAAGUGCCUCGGCCGCGGCCCCGGCUACGAAAUCGGCGGGGACAUCCUGUCGACCGAAAUCAUCGGCAAGCGACAACUAGACAAAGCCCAACAGCUGACCACGAGCGCCACCAAGACCUUGACGGGCGGCGUGGUCGACUACCGCCACUCCUGGGUCAGCCUUCCCGAUAUCAAGCUGGCUGGAGAGACGGGUCCGGUGUGCAAAGCCGCGAUGGGAUACUCUUUCUCUGCGGGAACAACGGACAAACCUGCGACUGGGAUCAGUUGGCAGGGGGACAAUGAUCCGAAUGCGUCCAACAAGCCUUUCUGGAACUUUGUGAGGAAUUUGUUGAAGCCGCCAUCGCAAGAACUCAUCACUUGCCAGGCCCCGAAGGUUAUCCUGUUAGCUACUGGGGAGAUGACGGCGCCGUAUGACUGGCAAUCAAACCAGCUCCCAUACACCCUCUUCCUCAUCACCCGCAAACUCGCCAUCAUGGGGGUUCCCGGCGAGAUCUCCACCAUGUCCGGCCGCCGCAUGCGCGCGGGCGUGCUCGCGCAGUUGGUCGCCGACGGAACCGCCGAUGCCGACGCUGAGAUCAUCGUGUCGGGUCUUACCAACUCGUACUCCAGCUACAUCACUACCAAGGAAGAAUACCAAGUCCAGCGCUACGAGGGCGGGUCGACGGCAUAUGGUCCCAACACUCUCGCGGCGCAUGUCCAGGUCUUCAAGACGUUGGCGGGCUCCUUCAAAGCAGCCACGGUCCCACCCGCGAGCCCGGCCUUCCCAGUCGUGGCGGCCCCACCUAACCCGAAUGAGGUCAACUUCCUGACCCCCGUCGUGCUCGACACUGCCCCUAUAGGACAAGGCUUCGGCAGCGUGACUGUCCAACCGGCUGCAGGCCCAUUCAAGCAAGGCGAAAGAGUGUCCGCCGAGUUCGUCUGCGCGCAUCCGCGCAAUGGUGGAUCUGACGCGAAAACUAUCGUUGCCAAUGGCGUCAAACCUGUUGCGGCUCUCCCCGGAGGCGCUCCCACAACGUUCAUGACGGUUGAGCGACAAGUCGGCGCUUCGCAGUGGGAGAUAGUGUUGGACGACGCGAGCUGGGAUACCAAGUACUCGUGGAGGAGGAAUGGAGUGGCUGAAAGCAGAUGCAUCGUUGAAUGGAAAGUCGGUGGAUCGGAAGCCGCAGCCCCGGGAACAUACCGGUUGCGUUAUUUGGGGAGAGCGAAGACGCUAUUCUCAACCACUUCUCACUCUGGAGCGACCAAUGCUUUCGUCGUUGCCGCGUGAAUUAGAUUGCCGCUCUCCUUUUCAAGCUUCCCGUCAAGCGAGGCAUGCCGGCACCCGCGCCGCUAGUUUACAGCUUGUGAAUCUAGUUGUAUGGUUCGAAAUAAUGAUACAAAUAUAUGAUGACUAUAUGCAGACCAUAUUGCUGGCGCUGAAUUCGGAGCGGGGUCGGAG